GGACAAAUCAGGGCUCGCCCUGGGCGGCUGCGCGGUGCGUUUGCCUUUCUCUUGUGGCUCACUUCAAGAGCCGGUCAGCCUGAGCACCAUGGCUGCUUACCGAGUGGAGGAGCGGGGAACCCUCAAUAGCGUCGAUUAUAGGCUCUUCUUCAAAAAUGAUAAAGGACAGUACAUCUCUCCUUUCCAUGACAUUCCAAUAUAUGCAGACACUGACAAGCAUGUCUUCAACAUGGUUGUGGAAAUACCUCGAUGGACCAAUGCAAAGAUGGAGAUUGCAACUAAGGAUCCUCUAAAUCCAAUUAAACAAGAUGUGAAGAAAGGAAAGCUACGUUACGUUGCUAAUGUAUUUCCCCACAAGGGAUAUAUCUGGAACUAUGGCGCUAUUCCACAGACGUGGGAAGAUCCAGUGCAUAAAGAUGAAAAUACCAACUGUGGUGGAGACAAUGAUCCAAUCGACGUUUGUGAAAUUGGAGACAAGGUGUGCAACAGAGGUGAAAUAAUUCAAGUGAAAGUUUUGGGUACGCUGGCAUUGAUCGAUGAGGGUGAAACCGAUUGGAAGAUCAUUGCAAUCAACGUUAAUGACCCUGAAGCUGCUAAUAUGAAUAAUAUUGAUGAUGUCAGAAGAAUUAAGCCUGGAUACCUGGAAGCAACUGUGGACUGGUUUAGACGAUACAAAGUACCUGAUGGGAAGCCAGAAAACCAGUUUGCAUUCAAUGGAGAAUUGAAAGAUAGGGACUUUGCAAUUGAUACUAUCAAAAGCACUCAUAACUACUGGAGGGCUCUAAUAAUUAAAAAAACAAAUGCAGGAGAGAUUGCUUGCACAAAUACAACUUUGAAAGAUAGUCCUUUCUGUUGUAGUCAAAAUGCCGCAGCAGCCACUGUGUCAGCGCUACCUACUUGUGGGACCUGUAAUCCAAUGCCAGCUGAAGUGGACCGGUGGUUCUUUUGCCAGUGAAAUUUGACCAAAUGACAAAAGUUACAGAAGCAGCUGCCUACUCAUCAAGAUAUUUGUGCAGGACACUUAUGAAGAAUUAGCCGAGAAUCCAAAACAAUAUGUUUAUAAAUAAGUAAAUUAUGACUCGUAGUCCACUGUAUGCAUUCAAAAAAUAUGAGAUUAGAUGAUGUAAAAUAUCAGCUAAAGUCUUCAAAUAUACAUCAUGAAACUCA